AUGGCCUCACAGCCAGACACUACCAACAUAUCUCAACAUGUCCUGGAGCGCGCGCAUUCCCCCGACCACGCUGCCACCAUUCUCCGCGAAAAGGUCAAGCAACGACCCCUCCUCCUGCGCCCAUCCGCACCAGACCCGACACUGAAUGCCCGCUCCAAACGCCAGUACGACCGGCAUCAAAAGGCGAAAGCCUCUCGAAAGAGCAACAAGCCAAAGCCGUUGAACGCCAAACAGAAGCGCGCCCUCUGCAUCUUCGACAUCCCAAAAUCGCAACGCAAAUACUCCAUCUACGAGCCCCUCCACACCCUUUGGUGCAGCUACAUUCGCGAGAUACUCGGCAUCACAGCUGGUCGUGCAUACAUCGACGGCAACUCUGCAGGUCCUCUGCUCGUCUCUGCCGACUACCAUGGUGCGCUUGUUGAGGUCGUGAGGAGUCGAUGUCCGAGCAGGGUUGGGUUGAAGGGAGUUGUGGUGAGGGAUACCAAGUUCACGUUUGAUGUCAUCACGGAGAAGGAUCAGAUAAAGACUGUGCCGAAGGAGCAUACGGUGUUCAGGCUGGAGGUGCCGUUCGAAGAGGAAGGGAAGAAGCCCGUGGGUUUUGAGGUAUAUGGAAGUCACUUCGAGACGAGGGCACCCGAUCGGGCGAACAAGAAGUUCAGGCCGCAUUAUGAUGUGGAUCUGUGA